AUGGAAGCUGCCGCAAGCGCUAUAGCUGUUAUCCAGCUAGCAACUCAUGUCUUGCAUCUCACCGUUAACUUCUACCUUGAAGUGAAAGACGCCCGCAAGGAGAUACAAUGGCUUGAAGGAGAAGUCAGCGACCUCCAGGCCACACUUCGAAAGAUAGUUGAUCUGUUUGACGAUGCCAGCGACCCUAAGGCAGUUGAGCGCCUGCCAGCCUUUGCGUUAUUAUUAGGGGAAGAUGGAGCGUUGGCAAGAUGCCAGGCAGAGCUGCUUGGAGUUGCUAGCAGGCUAGAAAAGUCUGGCGGCGGGAGCAGCGAUGUUACAGGCCACAAAAGGAAGAAUCCGAUGAGACAGUUCGGUGUCCGGGCCUUGAAGUGGCCAUUUACCAGCAAGGAAAUCAAAAGCAGCGUUGAAGUACUCGAAAGAUGCAAGUCUAGUUUCAACUUGGCCUUGACGGCUGACCAAACGAAGCUAUCUCUCGAUACAAAUCGCCUGGUUGUGGAGCUGGGGAAAGAUAUAUCUGCCAGCCGAAACGAACAGCAGAAGGGGGAGUAUCGAGCUAAGAUUAUCCAGUGGCUUUCCACCGUGGAGCAAGGCAUAAACUGGUCAAACCAUGAAGACGCACGAAAGAAGCACUCACGGGGGACGGGUGAAUGGGCAAUAGAGCAUCAAGCGUUCAAGGAAUGGAAGAACACCAACCCUUCCAUCCUCUGGAUGCAUGGGAAACCGGGAAGCGGCAAAACUGUCCUCAGUUCCUCCAUCAUCGAACAUCUUCGAGAGGAGUACGACUCGCGACCUGAUGUCCUCUUAUCAUAUUUUUACUUUGACUUUGGAACACCCGCAAAGCAAAGCGCUACAAAUUGCUUACGAUACCUUCUCUCAAGGCUUGUUACCAAAUCACUGGAGGUUCCCCACGAACUCAGAGACCUUUACGUGAAGAAGUGCAACUUUGGAAGCGAAACACCCGCGUUAUUAGACCUAACCGCCAUCUUCAAGUUAUUUGCGGAAUCUAAAGAUGUCCAGAACAUUUUCCUUGUGAUUGAUGCUCUAGAUGAAUGCCCGGCCCACAACAGGCAGGAACUGCUAGAUUUUCUUCGGACGAUAUCUUCUUGGUCUCCUUCAAACUUACAUGUAUUCCUCACAAGCAGGCCAGAGAGUGACAUCAAAGAGGCCCUCUCCCCUAUCUCUAUUGUUACGAGUGUAUCUGUGGGUGGCUCAUCUAUAACGCGGGAUAUAACAAAUCAUAUCCGAUCCCAGCUCUCUUCCGAGCCGGCAUUGAAGAAGCUUCCAAUAAAACUAAAAUCUGAGAUAGAGAGCAAACUAAUAGCUGAUGCUGAUGGCAUGUUUCGAUGGGUAGAUUGUCAGCUCAACGAAUUGAAACGAUGCAGGACAAAGGCUCUAUUAAUAAAGACGCUAGAGACCCUUCCGAAGACCCUGGACGGCACCUAUGAACGAAUUCUACAAAGUAUUCCUACUAAUUAUCAAGACUAUGCUCGCCGCGCACUCUGGUGGUUAGUAGAAGCGCGGAGACCACUGAGCGUAGGAGAAGUCGCUGAAGCUGCUGUCCUGGACUCCGACGAUGAAAUCCCGUUUGACCCCGAAGCCCGAUUUUUUAACCCACAGGAGGAUAUCCUUGAGAUUUUAGGAAGCCUCGUAUCGGUGGCUCAGAGAAAGCCUGAUAAUGACGAUGGUGAUGAGGAAGUUCGUAGCACACGGAGCGCAGCUUCAGCGAAUGAAGGAUGCGGCGAGCUUCGACUGUCACACUUUUCCGUUAAGGAGUAUCUGAUUUCAGCCCACCCAUUGAGCUGUGAAAACCCUUUAGUCGGCAAGUUUUAUGUUGACAAGGCUCUUGUUAGUAGCUUCAUCCUUCGUAGCUGCCUGCAAUAUAUCUUUCACUACACCGAGUCAGACAGUAGGGCCGCCACCAAAGAUGAUUUGGAUGAAUUUCCACUACUCCGUUAUGCAUGCGAAUUUUGGUUUGCCUACUCUACAGCCGCAAUCGAUGAUGAAGUUGCUGCGUUGUCUAAGAACCUUUUUACAUCAGAAUGUCAAUUACAGGCAUGGCUUCUUGUUUAUACUCCGGGACAACCAAAGAAGGAUCUCUUUCAGCCCCCUGAUGAACCAGGUAAAGCACUUCAUUACGCCUGUUAUCUAGGCCUGACUAGGGUCGCCCAAUACCUACUAGAGAGGGGUGCCACUGUUAAUUGCACCACCGAGAGCGGUGUGACCCCCUUACACCAGGCAGCUGAGAGAGGGCAUAUAGAAGUUGUCAACCUUCUUCUACGCUUCGAUCAAAGUGUCAACUAUUCGACAAGGGGAGGGCGGACCCCGCUACAUGUGGCAUGUAGCCGUGGGCAUGCUGGAGUUGUGGAAAUACUUCUUUGUGCAAAGGCGGAUAUAGAAUCAAAAGAUGCCGACCUUUGGACACCGCUAUAUUGGGCUGCCGAGGGUAGGCAUGAGGACAUUGUUCAGAUCCUCCUUAAGCAAGGCGCGGACCCCAACGCAAGAACUAUGAGCGGAGGAACCGCUCUCCACCAGGUAUGUGGAAGGGGGUAUACUACAAUAGCCCAACGUCUGCUAGAUUCUGGUGCGGAGGUGAAUGUUGCAACGAGCUGGGGUCGGACUCCGCUACACCAAGCUGCUGCCGGUGGUUCAUUGGAAGUGGUAAAGCUUCUGCUGGACCAUGGAGCAGAUCCGAAUGCCGUGGACAGAUCAUAUAGCUUCCCGGCUUUUCUUGCCGAGGAAAACUUUCAUAACAACAUAGUGGACUUGCUUCGUCCCCUUACGCGGUUGAAAGACCCACUGGACAGUUCUGAAGACGAUAGGUAA